AUGGAGAACGCAACGGUUGUGUUAUAUCCAAACGAUUUCGCCUAUUUUAAAAACACCAACUUUCAACAUCCUUCAGGUCUGUUGAGGUUUAAAGGAAGGCCACCAGCAAAGAAAAAGCAAAUAAAGAUUCUUCAUAGUUUAUGGAAAUUCUGUGGCAGCAGUCUUCAUGGGGCCAAUCAUGCCAUCGAUUCUAAUAACCAUUUGAUGGUGCGACUAUUUUGGCUUUUAAUUGUAGUUGGAGCUUUUGUCGGUUGCUUUGUCAUGUAUUGGAGAUUAACAGGCCGCCAUCAAGAAGAAAUACUUGUGACAGUGGUAGAGUCAUCACAGAAGCCCAUUUAUCACAUAGCAUACCCAGCCGUAGCCGUUUGUCCCUUUAAUCACAUUAAUUGGAUGCGUCACAAAUCGGCUGAGGAGAAAUACCUCCGUCAAAAUCCUAGCGAAGAGAUGAUUAAAAUUUUCUAUGACUUACUUGCCGUUAUGGAACGCCUCACCUUUACUGGACUAAGUGCCAUAGAAUUGUUGCUGCGCUAUGGAAAUAUUCCCAGGUCUAUAGAGAAUAUCAUCCUCUAUGACUUGGCCCAUUAUAUGUCAUUGCGGUGCGAUGAAAUUUUUGAUUGGUGUAUUUACGAUAGCACUCAUAUGGAUUGCUGCAGAAUAUUUGUUACCGAGCGCACUGAACGGGGUAUAUGUUUGGUCUUUAAUUCGUUGAUAUCGGAUGAGUCUAAGAUAAAACAGGUAAUUGGUUUGGUGAAAGUCUCACAAUAUUCUAAAUAUUUCAAGUUAUUGCAGUUUGUUUAA